ACAGCAUUCCAACUUAACGUCAAGAUGCCUGAACCCACCAAGUCCGCUCCGGCGCCGAAGAAGGGCUCCAAGAAGGCGGUGACCAAGGCGCAGAAGAAGGACGGCAAGAAGCGCAAGCGCAGCCGCAAGGAGAGCUACUCGGUGUACGUGUACAAGGUGCUGAAGCAGGUGCACCCCGACACCGGCAUCUCGUCCAAGGCCAUGGGCAUCAUGAACUCGUUCGUCAACGACAUCUUCGAGCGCAUCGCGGGCGAGGCGUCGCGCCUGGCGCAUUACAACAAGCGCUCGACCAUCACGUCGCGGGAGAUCCAGACGGCCGUGCGCCUGCUGCUGCCCGGCGAGCUGGCCAAGCACGCCGUGUCCGAGGGCACCAAGGCCGUCACCAAGUACACCAGCUCCAAGUAAACCUGCCAAGAGGAGCCGACGCGUUUUAGGCAUCUUUUCCCACCGCCGGUCACUGCUAAACACCGUGGCAUCUCACGCAGAAAACAAUGAGUGACACC